GCCCCGCCCUGCCCCGCGUCUCCCCACCCCCCUCGCGUGUGCCCGGCGCCCGGGAGUCGGAGACUGAGCCGCAGCCGGGGAUUGGCGGGGCUCGAACCACGGCCUGAUCCGGCGCGGGGCCUCGUGGGCCUGGGCCCUAGGGGUCCGGGCCCGGCCGGCCCGGGGCGAUCUGUGCCCUGCGACCCCGCCCCAGGGGGCUCCAGGGCUCCUGGGUACCAGCCUCUGUAGUCGUGGAGUGAGGAUGCUGGGCCUGCCGCUCCUGUGCCUGCUGGCUCUGGGCCCCCCACGGCUGGGGGCUGCCAGUGCGGUGGGACCGGCGCCCGACGGCUCGGUCUCGGGGCCCUGCCCCCGACGCUGCCGAUGCCAGACCUCCUCCCCGCCCCGGAGCGUGCUGUGCCCGGGAGCGGGCCUACUCUUUGUGCCCCCCGGACUGGACCGCAGGGCGUCCGAGCUCCGACUCCCCGACAACUUCAUAGCCUCCGUGAGGCGCCGGGACCUGGCCAACAUGACGGGCCUGCUGCACCUCAGCCUCAGCCGCAACACGCUGGCCCACAUCGCGCCCGGGGCCUUUGCCGACCUACGCGCCCUGCGCGCCCUGCACCUGGACGGCAAUCGCUUGUCCUCCUUAGGCGCGGCCCAGCUGCGGGGGCUGGUCAGCCUGCGCCACCUCAUCCUGGCCAACAACCAGCUGGGCGUCCUGGCGGCGGGAGCCCUGGCCGACUGUGCCGAGACCCUGGAGGACCUGGACCUCAGCUACAACAACCUGGAGGCGCUGCCCUGGGACGCCGUGGCCCGGCUGGCCAACGUCAACACCCUGGGCCUGGACCAUAACCUGCUGGCGGCCGUCCCCGCGGGGGCCUUCGCCGGGCUGCACAAGCUGGCCAGGCUGGACAUGACGGCUAACCGGCUGACCACCAUCCCUCCGGACCCGCUUUUUUCCCGGCUUCCCGUGCUGUCCCGGCCCAGACCGGGAGCACCAGCCUCUGCCCUGGUACUAGCCUUCGGGGGGAAUCCGCUCCACUGCAACUGUGAGCUGGUGUGGCUGAGGAGGCUGGCCCGGGAGGAUGACCUGGAGGCCUGUGCCUCCCCCCCGGCCCUGGGAGGCCGCUCCUUCUGGGCUGUGCGAGAGGACGAGUUUGUGUGUGAGCCUCCGGUAGUCACCCACCGGUCCCCACCGGUAGCGGUUCCCGAGGGCCGCACCGCCUCCCUGCGCUGUCGGGCUGCGGGGGACCCCGAGCCCCGAGUCCGCUGGGUGUCCCCCCGAGGCCGGCUCCUGGGGAACUCCAGUCGCACUCGGGCCUUUCCCAAUGGGACGCUGGAGCUGCUGGCAGCCACGCCUGGCGACGGCGGCGUCUUCACCUGCAUCGCUGCUAAUGCUGCCGGGGAAGCUACCGCCUCUGUGGAGCUCACCGUGGGGCCACCCCCACCCCAGCUGGCCAACAGUACCAGCUGUGAGCCCCGUGGGGAAGGAGAGGACGGAGAAGGGGGGGCCCCUCUCACUCCCUCCUCUUCCUCGGCUUCCUCGUCUUUGGCCCCCAUGGAUCCCCGGGCCGGGCUCCCACAGGCCCCUGAACACGAUGGGGACAGCGAAGGGGGCAGCGUACAGGUGGCCGAGCGCAGCGCCACAGCAGCCCUCAUCCGCUGGCCCGACCACGGGCCUGUUCCCGGCCUCCGCAUGUAUCAGAUCCAGUACAACAGCUCUGCUGAUGAUAUCCUGGUCUAUAGGAUGGUCCCUGCUGGAAGCCGCUCCUUCCACCUGACGGACCUGGUAUCGGGGCGCACCUAUGACCUCUGCGUGCUGGCAGUGUCGGAGGAUGGGGCCACCGGGCUGACGGCCACGCGGGCUGUGGGCUGUGCCCGCUUUUCCACAGAGCCGGAGCUGCGGCCGUGCCGCUCGCCACACUCAGGGGCACCCGUCCUUGGGGGCACCAUGAUCAUCGCUCUGGGGGGUGUUAUUGUCGCCUCCGUGCUGGGCUUCAUUUUCCUACUGCUGCUCCGAUACAAGGUGCAUGGGGACCAGCCUCCGGGCAAGCCUGCGACGCGGGGAGGGGUCAGCAGCGUCUGCUCCCAGACCAAUGGCGGGGCCCCGGCCCCAGGCCCCGAGAGCUCAGCCUCAGACUCAGACCCCACGCCUCCGACCCCCGUCAAGGGGCACACCUUGGUACAACUGGACUUCGAGCCUUCGAGGGGCCCUCGGGGCCGGCUCGCUCAUGAACGUGGAGGGCAGUGAUCCCGGGGGAAGCCCCUCCGACGUCCCUAGCUCUGGACUGCUCCCUAGAAUGUCUCCAGUCUCAACCUGGCUCCUUCUUGGCCCCUUGGAUGCCUUGAGACGUGGCCUUGGUCCUGAGAUAUUCCUUGGCCUGGUCCAGCCUGGCCUCGCAGGCACCCCAACCCCAGCCCCAGGGAAGGACGUGGACAGAGCAGACGCCAGGGGCCGGGGCUGGGCCGAGAAGGGGCAUGGGGGGAGUCCAUGCUUGGAUGCUGGCCCACCUCGCGGCUCCUGCCCAACCUCCUAUUUUUAACGAUCCCGCAAGGGACUUGGCGGGAAAGUGGGAACACUAUGGAGAUUAUGUCAAGAGAAACCUAUUUUUCUAAGCUCUGGCCUCAUUCGUUCCCUUAUCUGUCUAUCCGUCUGUCUGGGGUGAUCAUCACCCUCUCUCACGCCCUGUCAGAAAACUCCCCUCCAGACCAGGGCCGCGUGUGUCACCAGGAGCUCGAGGCCGGGGACUGGGGGAGUCCCUGGCAGCCAAGUCAGGUCACCCUUGUAACCUGACCAGAACCGGACAGCCAUGAGACUGGCCCAGGACCACAUCCCUCUGGUGGUCAGGGCCUGAUUUGGCCAGGUGGGGGGUGGGUCAGCCCGGCUGGGUUUGACUAAUGACAGGAUCUCCCAAUGUCACAGCUCGAAGUUGCUUAGAGACUUGGGCCAACCCUCAUUCAUUCGGAGAGCUGACAGGAGCCAGCCCCGUCUCUGGGAUCCUGGUUUUCUAGAUCUUCCGCCUGGAGCCCGAGGACAUAAGGAGAACGUUCCCAUACCUGGGGUUCUCCUCUGCGGGGCUCAGGUUCAGUUCAUCCUCCCCAGUUCUGUCCCUUCUUUCCAGGGCAGGGAGCAUUCUCUCGGGCUUAGCACCCUCACUUGUAAAAUGAUCUCUGUGGCUCACCGGGGCCCUUCCGCCUGUGAGUCCAUGAUGCAGCCACCCCAGGAGUCUAAGCCUAGGAUGACAGGGCCAGAGCACAGGGAAGGCUCAGGGCUGAAGAAGAGGUCAGGAUGUCGUGCUGGGAGAAGGUGCCUGAACUGGGCCUCCAAGGGCAGUGUGGGCUGGAGGGGCCACCUUUCAGGCGGGGAGGUCAGCUGGGGGAUCCCAAAGGCCAUUUGCUCCCGUUUGCCUGGAAUAUAGAGAGUAUAAGGGGGAGCGAUGCGUCACAAGGGAUGGCUCUAGAUGGCAAACAGCCCUGAGUGUCGGCCAGAAAAGUUUGGGCUUGGUCUUCCAAGUCCCAGGAGAUGGUUUUGGUCUAGGGAAACAUGGGGGGAUUUGAGGAUCACAGGCCGCUGGGCAGGCUUCAAGGCUGCCUGGUUCAAACCUAUCAGAUUUUACAAAGUAGGAAACUGAGGCUAAGAACAGUUUCAGUGUCUCGGCCAGAGUCUGAGGAGGGAGAUCUGAAGCCAGAUAUUCCUAACUCCAGCUCCAAUACCCUGACCUCUGUUUUGUCCCCCCGCUCUAUGAUGACACAGACACGCUCCUGGGGUCUGCUGGGAAGGGUGGCUGAGAGGUUUUCCUGCGACCGGUCACUAAGGAUUUGGGGGACCCCCCCAAGAUGGCUGUUGAGCAGCACCAGCCAUAGCAAGGACAGACUGGGCAACGUUGUCAUCGUCCCACUGGUCUUGUGUGGUUUCUUGAAGGCCGCGGCCCAGCCAAUUCAUCAGUAAUGAUGGAUUCAGGUCGUUACCCCAGGGAACACUCAUCUCCAGAACUCCCCAGUUCUCCAGCUGUGGUCCACAGCUUCUCCUGACCUUGUUCGGAAGGCUGAUGUACCCAGAGUCCCCCGGGAGAUGGGAGCCAGGCUGCUGGGAAAGCACUGGGUCUCAGAGCCAGUCGUGGAAGGGGAAGGGAGGGAUGGACGGUGGUCCCUUGGCCCUCACCAGGGGAGAGCAUGGAGGCUGUGUGGGAUGGAUAGCAUCUAUUAGGCCAAGAUGGGAAAGUGAGAUGGGGUGGAGG